AUGGCUUUGCCCAGUGACGACGCUGUUUUGAUUCAGAAAGGGAAGAUACCGGGUGAGCCUUACGUAGUUACGGUUAAUUGUCCUGAUAAGACCGGACUUGCCUGCGAUAUCUGCCGAACCAUUCUUGAAUUCGGACUCUACAUUACCAAAGGAGAUGUCUCAACUGAUGGGUUAUGGUGCUACAUAAUAUUAUGGGUGGUUCCUCACUCUAGCUCAACUGGUGUAACAUGGCUGAAUUUGAAAGACCGCCUUCUAUCGAUAUGUCCAUCAUGUUUGGUGUCAUUUUACUUGAACCAGCCAUCUCCAAACCCUGAACCUCCUCCAGUAUACUUGUUGAGGUUUUGUAGCCUAGACAGGAAAGGAUUAUUACAUGAUGUCACUCGAGUUCUGUCUGUGCUCGAACUUACGAUUCAAAGAGUAAAAGUGACUACAACACCGGAUGGCCGGGUUCUUGAUCUCUUCUUCAUAACAGAUAACUUGGAGCUCUUGCACACAAAAGAGAGACAAGAUGAGACAAGUGAGCAAUUGCAUGCUGUUUUAGGCGAAUCAUGUGCUAGUUGUACACUUCAGUUGGCUGGUCCUGAGUAUGACAGUCUUCAGGGUAUCUCUUCUCUUUCUGCAGUCAUUACUGACGAAUUGUUUAGAAAUGAACUGUCAGAUAAGGAAACUCGUUCACAGGCUUUUAGCCCAGAUGUGACGAAACUAAAGAGGGCCAGUGUAAUGAUAGACAAUUCUCUGAGUCCAGCUCAUACAUUGCUUCAGAUUUACUGUGUUGAUCACAAGGGUUUUCUCUACGACAUUCUGCGAACAUUGAAAGACUGCAAUAUGCAGAUAGCUUAUGGAAGAUUCUCACCAGUUAACAAGGGUUAUCGUGAAUUAGACCUAUUCGUCCAGCAAAAGGAUGGUAAAAAGAUUGUGGAUCCUGAGAAACAAGAUGCAUUUUGUUCUCGCUUGAAGGUAGAAAUGCUUCACCCAUUACGUGUUAUUAUCACAAACCGUGGGCCAGAUACUGAACUUCUGGUUGCUAACCCUGUGGAGCUAUCUGGAAAGGGAAGGCCAAGGGUUUUCUUUGAUGUCACACUUGCAUUAAAGUGUCUUGGAAUAUGCAUCUUCUCGGUAAGAAUACAUUACAUCAUGAAGAAGUGA